AGCUGAAUGUGCUGCUCCAGCCUGACAGAAACAUCAGUAGCACUAGGGUCUAAGUGCAUUCAGCACCUUCCUAACUCAUUCUUAGCUACUUUUUUCUUCCUCCUUAGGAUUGAACUGGGUAAAAAAAAAGAAAAAAAAGUCUCCUAGCUGAAUAGUCUUGCUGUUUAUAAUUUGUCAUUGAUGAGCUACAGAUAAGCUUCAACUUUGCUGUCAACUGAGUUCAUCUGUUCAGAGCAACAGCUACAGAAAACCAGACUCCUCCACAUCAGAGAAUUGUCCAACUGCUGCUAUGUCAAAUUUUGUAGCUCCAGAAGUCAAAAAAUUUGUGGCUUGGGACUAUGUUGUUUUUGCAGGGCUGUUUUUAGUCUGUGCUAGCAUUGGAGUCUUUUUUGCAGUUAAAGAGAGAAAAAAGAAAACUUCAAAGGAAUUUUUGGUGGGUGGUAAGCAGAUGACAUGUGGACCAAUAGCCUUCUCUCUCACAACAAGCUUCAUGUCAGCAGUGACUGUUUUGGGGACACCCUCCGAAGUCUAUCGCUAUGGGGCAUCCUUUGUGCUGUUCUUUCUUUCAUAUGCGCUUGUUAUCAUUUUUACUGCAGAACUCUUUCUACCUGUAUUUUACAGAUCUGGCAUUACAAGCACUUAUGAGUAUUUGGAGUUAAGAUUUAACAAGAUCGUCCGUCUUGCUGCAACGCUGAUCUACAUCCUGCAGACGAUCCUUUACACAGGAAUAGUGGUUUAUGCUCCAUCACUGGCACUCAACCAAGUCACUGGAUUUGAUCUCUGGGGCUCUGUGGUUGCAACAGGAAUUGUCUGUACUUUCUAUUGCACUCUGGGUGGAUUAAAAGCUGUUGUCUGGACAGAUGCAUUUCAAAUGAUUGUCAUGGUGGUUGGCUUCACGACAGUUUUGAUUCGAGGAACCACUCUGAAUGGUGGAUCAACCAAGGUCUGGGAAGUUGCCUAUGAAGGAGCACGAUUAAAUGUAUUUGACUUUGAUGUCGAUCCCUUGAGACGACACACCUUCUGGACAAUUGUUAUUGGGGGAACAUUUACAUGGCUAGGGCUCUAUGGAGUUAAUCAGUCCACAAUCCAGAGAUGCAUUUCUUGCAAAUCAGAAAAGCACGCUAAACUGGCACUUUACCUCAACUUGCUGGGACUGUGGGCAGUCCUCGUGUGUGCAGUGUUUUGUGGCUUGGUGAUGUACUCGCAUUACAAGAGCUGUGACCCUUGGACUGCUGAGUUCAUUUCAGCACCUGAUCAGCUCAUGCCGUAUUUUGUUAUGGACAUUUUUUCCUCGAUGCCAGGAGUCCCAGGCCUGUUCGUUGCCUGUGCAUUCAGCGGAACGCUAAGCACGGUAGCUGCCAGCAUCAAUGCUUUAGCAACUGUUACAUUUGAAGACUUGGUCAAGAAAGGUUUCCCAAACCUCUCAGAGAAGAUGAGCACAUGGAUCAGCAAAGGCUUAUGUGUAUUAUACGGUGUCCUGUGCACCUUGAUGGCUGCAGCAGCAUCGCUGCUGGGAGGAGUUGUGCAGGCUUCCCUCUCCAUCCAUGGUAUGUGCGGGGGGCCCAUGCUGGGAUUAUUUACUCUGGGAAUUGUGUUUCCUUGUGCUAACUGGAAGGGUGCUAUGGGAGGCCUCUUAGCUGGGAUUACCAUAGCUUUUUGGGCUGGUACUGGCGCUUUCAUUUACCCUGCUCCACCGACAAAGUCUGUUCCUCUGCAACUGUUGACUCUCAACUGCACACUAGCUAACAGCACCAAGGUACUGACGACAAUGGCGGCUCCCACAGCGGCUCCAGACAGACCUUUGCUGGCAGAUACCUGGUACUCCCUGUCCUACCUGUACUUCAGUGCCAUAGGCUGCCUAGGCUGUGCCAUCACAGGGCUGUUGAUAAGCUUUAUAACAGGACCUAACAAAGGAGAAGAUAUCCCACCAGUGUUAAUCCAACCAGUCUGCAACCUGUUGUGCUUUUGGUCUGACAGACUCAAAGCUCUGCUCUGGUGUGGUGUGCAGCACGACAGCAGAGAGGUGGACUUGGAAAAAGAUCUGCCUAAAGUUACUGCAAAUCAAACUGGAACCGAUGACACCUUCAAGGAUAGUAUCGACAAAGAAAACAAAUGCCAGUUCCCUGGUUACAAUCCUGAGGAAAAAUCCUAUACUAAUAUGAGCAGAGAAUCUCGCCUUUAGAAGCUGAGAGACAAGGGACAUUUAAUCAAACUUUAUGUCUUCAGCUUCAGAAAUGAACAGGUCCAACUGGAAUAAGGACUUCUUUCCCAUGUGUUUUUUAAGUCCAAUUGGAAUUUGCCUAAGUAUGUAUUGACAUGUGCUAAUAGCCACAGCAGAAACAGGGAAGUAUAAACUAGUAUUUCUGAUUUUUGCCUGAUUUUAUCCUGUAUCUUUUGCCUUGGGCCAGCCAAAGUAUUUUGAUUUUAGAGAAAACAUUAAAAAAAGAGAGCUCAUCUGUGACCUGCUGAAGAGCUGAAGUACUAUUACUACGUGGCACAGAAACAGAAGCUGUUGACACAUGGUUAAUGCUGUCAAACGGUGCUUGAUAAUCCACAGAAUGAAAAGAGAGACAAGAGAUUAAAUCAACCUGUGUGAUUCUAUAAGCACUGAGGAAAGUGCAUUAAUUAUUUCUGACUCCCGAGGAACUUAAUACACAACCCAGAAUAUGAAGGAACAAAACAUACUUUCCAAAAUAUGGGAAGCAAGUUCCACCAGCCCUUCAUCAGAGAACUAAAGGGUAAUGUAUCUGGUUAGACCAGACCUUCCAAUUUCUUCCCUCCUUUGUGCAAUACUGUAGAUACUCCUACAGUUGCCUUGUCUGGUCACAGAGAGCUGGAAUUAAUCCAGAAAUCUCAUGAAUAUGAUGAAAUGGCUGAAGAACUUACGGUCUGAUGCUAUGCCCUCUGGAUAUAAUAGAUCCUACUUAUCUGCUUUGAUGGGCUCUUGACUCUUAAAAUUAAUUUUAUAUGCAUAAUAAAAUGAUUGUGCUAAUACAUGCAAGUGCAUACUGGAAUCACACUUUUUUAUUCAGUAGGGUACUGUAAGUAGUAAAAAUUCAGGUCUUUUCAUAUCUGUCAGCAGUGAUUUUGCUGCAGCUUCAUCCCUAAAAAUAAAGUUAAAAUUUGCAGCCUUUAUAGUUACUGUUCUUUGUUGACUCUUUGUUUUUGUAAUUUUUUCUCAUCCAAUAUAGAGAAGCACAUUUUAGAAUUAUACAAGAGAAACAGAAUGACUGGAACUCUCUUUCUCCAUGCCCUUCUCUGCAAGGUAACCCUGCACACUCGCUCAGAUUGUUUAAAUUAAGUGCUGCUCUUUUCCCGUAUUAUGAAACAUUAGCAACAGGCAAUUUCAUCACCAAAAUGUGACUAUAACCAUAAGCAACACUGCUGUGUGCACAUAAAACUUGAAAUUUGAUUCUUUAUAUGAACAUCUACUUUCUAGAGUGAUUUUAUCCAAACCCCCCCCUCCCCAAACUGUAAGAAGGCAUACAAAUAAUAAUUAAAAAAUCUAAAAGUAACCACUGUUA